AUGAUUUUUAAUACGCUGAGAUCCCUGGCGACAAUAACACUGAUCGUCCUAACCGAUGGGGCCAAUCUGGAAGCAAAUAGGGGAAACCGUGUGCGAUAUGACAACUACAGCGUAUAUAAAGUACGAUAUCAGAACAAUUUAGAGCGUCAAACAUUGCUUAGCCUAACCCAACAGCCGCAUAGUAUUAAACUGUGGCAUGAAGCAAGGCACGAGCUACACUUGUUGGUUAGUCCACAAAGCUUGCCUGAGUUUGUGACAUUUCUAAGCAGAAGCAAUUUCAGUGCAGAAAUUUUUAUUCAGAAUGUGCAAAAAGCAAUAGAUAACGAAUAUGCGGCGAAUUCAAGAGCAACUGACGACACAUUUAGUUGGAAACGCUACAAUAACUUAGCUGAAAUUGAAGAUUGGCUGGACGACAUUCUCGCCAGAUACCCCAAAGUUACCGAAGGAUUUGUAAUUGGUAAAUCGUACGAAGGUCGCCCCAUACGUGGUAUCAAGAUCUCGUAUAAAAUCGGCAAUCCGGGAGUAUUUAUCGAAUCGAAUAUACAUGCUCGCGAAUGGAUAACAUCAGCUACAGCUACGUGGUUCAUUAACGAGUUGCUCAGCUCCAAUGAGGAACUGGUGCGCGAAUUGGCCGAGUCCCAUGAUUGGUAUAUAGUGCCUGUAUUGAAUGUGGAUGGUUUUGUUUACUCGCACGAAAAAGAUCGGCUAUGGCGCAAAACUCGACAGCCGUCGGCUGGUUCGAGCUGUGUUGGCGCUGAUGCUAAUCGAAACUAUAACUCUCAUUGGAUGGAAAAUGGUGGUGCUUCAGCGGAUCCCUGCGCGGAAGAUUAUGCAGGGCCCUUUCCUUUUUCGGAGCCAGAAGCUAAAGCAAUGGCUGAAUUCAUCAGCGGCAUCAAGGAUAAGCUAAAUGUUUUGUUGGCAUUUCAUUCCUACAGUCAAUUACUAUUAUCACCUUAUGGACAUAGCAGUGAAGUUGUUCCCUACAAUCAUAAGGAUCUAAUGCAAGUGGCCAAGGCUUAUGCUGAUGCGGUGCAAGCCUUGCCCUAUGGUACUAUCUACCAGUAUGGCACCUCAGCUGGAUUACUGUAUCCUGCAUCGGGUGCUACGCUUGAUUGGGCAUACAAUGAGCAAUAUAUACGGAUCAGUUACACCAUAGAAUUUCGUGAUACAGGAAAAUUUGGUUUUGUAAUACCUCCAGCUUAUAUAAUACCCAAUGCUGAGGAGAAUUUGAUAGGUAUUGUGGCAUUAUUAGCUGAGGCUAAAAAGCUCGGUUAUCUAAAAUUGAAAUAUUAGCUAAAAUUUGUUCGAAUUUUAUCA